CCUCUACGCAGUCUAGCAGAGCCCACACAAGCCCAGCGGAGCGAGCACUGACAAUGGAAGAUUGGGUGCAGCUGAUGAAGGCCUUCAUGGCCUGGCCCAUCCGGCCCUCGGCGCGUCGCUGGAGGAACCCGAUUCCCUUUCCCGAGACGUUUGACGGCGACACCGACCGGCUCCCGGAGUUCAUCGUGCAGACCGGCUCCUACAUGUUCGUGGACGACAAGACGUUCUCCACCGACGCCCUGAAGGUGACGUUCCUCAUCACCCGCCUCACGGGCCCGGCCCUGCAGUGGGUGAUCCCCUACAUCGAGAAGGACAGCCCCCUGCUCAGUGAUUACCGGGGCUUCCUGGCCGAGAUGAAGCGGGUCUUUGGAUGGGAGGAGGACGAGGACUUCUAGGCCGCGAGAGCCCCUGGCCUGCGGCGGGUGCUCCGGGGAGGGUGGGCUGCGCCUGUCGCCGCCACCGCCACCGCCACCGCCAGGGUGGCCAUAGGCGGCCUCCCGCCGCGCCCCUCCCCCUUCGCGUGGCCGCUGCAAUGUCCCCUGCGCGCUGCUGUCCCCUCCCGCCCGCGUAGUGCUUGCCUUUGUUCCAGGAAUAGCGCUCCAGGCUCCCGCUGCUGCGGCCGCCGGGCCUCGCUCUGGAGCGCGUC